AUGUCGUCACAAAAGGCAUGGGCUGUGGUCGCAGGUGUUGGACCAGGCACAGGUGCCAGCGUCGCUCGUCGGUUCGCCCAGAACUACUCGGUCGCCCUCCUUGCACGAAACCCUGCCAAUUAUGAGCCAUUGAUUAAAGAGAUCGAAGCCGCGGGCGGAAAAGCGAUCGGCAUCAGCACAGAUUGCUCAGACAGCAAGAGCGUAAAGAGUGCAUUUGAGCAGUUGAAGAAAGAGACUGGAGGAGCGUCACUGGCGGCGGCUAUAUACAAUGUUGGUGGAAGAUUCGUCCGAAAGCCCUUCCUAGAGUUGUCCGAGGAAGACUUUGAGGCAGGGUGGGAAGCCAACGGACGGGGGGCCUUUCUCUUUUCGCAGGCGGUUCUGCCCCUGCUUCUCGACACGGUGAACAGGUCACCAGAACAUCCACCAACACUCAUCUUUACUUCGGCAACGGCUGCGAUGAAGGGAUCAGCCAAUUGUGCGUCGUUUGCGUCGGGGAAAUUCGCCAUGAGAGCAUUGGCACAAUCACUGGCAAGGGAAUUCGGACCCAAGGGCAUUCACGUCUCACAUGCCAUCAUCGAUGGAGUCAUUGAUAUCGAGAGAACCAAGCACUACCACUUUGACCAUCCUGAUGCAAAGAUCAAGCCUGAAGCGAUUGCCGACUCCUAUUGGUAUCUCCAUACCCAGCCGAGGACAUGCUUCACGAAUGAGCUCGACAUUCGACCGUACAUUGAGAAGUGGUAG